GUAUCCUCCACCCGUGGAUUGACUUCGGAUUAUACCGAGGCCUGCGCGAGGAGGGAAUUCACGUGUCCGGUGAAGCAAAGCAAGCACGCUCCGCCCCGCUCCCGCCUGAAGCAUCCUGACCACCAGCAGGAAUACAUCGCCGCCUCCACCGGUUUACGUAAAUCAGCUGCUUCCAAAAUGGAGUCCCCAAAUAGCGAACACCAAGCUGGCCUAAAGCGAAAACGCAGCCCUGUUCCUGGUGCCAGUGCAGAGGAAGGAAGACCUGCUGCUGCAUCCGCUGCUGGGGUGCCCAAAAUCGGCAUCGGGAAUGUGACGCAGAUCAAUUAUUUGGUCCGCGCGAAGGCGGAGAGGUUGAGGUUGAUUGAGGGGGAUGGGGAGACGUUUGCGAAUGUGCUGGGGAUGAUUGAUGAUUAUGAAGGUGUUCUCCAACGUCACGAAAGCCUCGCAGCCAAUCUUGGUGCCAAGCUCGUUGGUCCUCUGCUGCUAAAGUCCUUCGAGAAGUUGUUCGAUGGUCCUAUCAAGAUCACCUCGCCAUCGUUUGGCCUAGAUCAAUCACCAGUCUCUUGGCUUGACAUCGUCACAUUUGCUCGCACCAACCCGGCCGAGUUUGUCCUCAGCGAGUCGAAUCCUGGGGCAAGGGCUUGUCGAUUCUGGAUCAAAGGAGGACAAGUCGAGAUCACAGAGGAUGAUUACAGAUUAAUCCAGUCUGGCGCACCCGAGCGGAUGAUACCAACACAGCCAAUUCCUGAAGACGAGACCGCUGAACUGGGAACACUGAAUAUCCUGGAGAAUCGGCUGACGAUGCUUAUCAAGAAAGCCGAUGCCGUAGCCAGCAAAGCAAGACAGCUCAACUACCACCUCAAAGGACGCAAAGCCGCUGUCUUAUUACGAAAGGCUGCAGACCAACCAGUCGCUGAUGAGGUCUCAUCUCAACAUUUCUCACCACAACCAUUCUCUGCCGUCAACGCCAGAUCUUCAAUUCCACCAAACGGUGAACCAGCAAAGAUCCAACAGCAGCUCCUUGAACAGUUUCUAUCCGAUGAACGCCGACCCUCAAUGUCACAACCGCGUCCGAAGGCAAGUCGAAUCAGCACCGAUGCCGGGUUUCACACUUUCAACGGUCAAGAAGUAGAUUCUCGUCGCAUGUCUCAUCCCCUGACCCCCUCCGAAGAUGGUACCGAAGGCCAAUACCGAAUCCUAAUGGCUUCUAAGAUCGAGAAAUUGAGUAGAGGAGACGCCAUCUAUCCUCCAUGCGAUCGAUGUCGAAGGCUGAAGUUCGAUUGCACGAAGCAUCUCACUGCUUGUCAAGCAUGCACAAAGAAACACGCGAAGUGCAGCUGGAAAGACAUUAAAGAAGGAGAAUUGGAUUAUGUACCGCAACUAUCAGCGACUUUGCAGCAGCCUCAUUCGGCCGGAAGCGAGAAUGGCCAGGUUCAUGCAGAUCAUAUUGAUCCUAGUCUUAGCACUAGAGGUAUAGCGGAGGGCCCAGGAGUGGCGAUGAUGAUUUCUCAAGAUGGUGAGCAACCGAACCAUCAAGAGAAGCAGGACAGGAAUUUGAACGAUCUUGCUAUGUUGACGCAUAUUGCUGCUGCCGCGAGUAGCAGAUGAAUGAUGAGAUAACGAUGAUGGAUGGUUUACGUGUUGUACGAUCGUGAAGUCAUGGAUGAAGAGCUCCUAUGACCGGGGUGGUUGCGGGAGAAGUCCUGGCUUAUGAGUGUAGACCACGAAUAGCUAAUUGACAAUUCCUCCUCCAACCUCCUUCGCGG